AUGGCGGCAACCGUUAUGUCGACCAACGACCCUAGAUACUACGAGACCAACGUCGAGAUGAUAUACGUCCCUGUGGCAGUCUUUCUAGCUAUCUGCCCUGUUGUCGUCGGUACAAGAAUCUGGUCGCGAAUGGGAAAUGGGGGCAAACUGGGCCCGGACGAUUAUACCAUCCUAGUAGCACUUGGAUGUGCGUUAGCAUCAGACGGAAUAAUGCUCGCCGCUUGCCAUUACGGCUACGGUAGACAUCUCACCAGCUUGUCACCGAAAUACAAAUAUCAAGCUUUCAAGUACUUCUACCUAUGCCAGGUCACUUAUAAGGCUUGUAUAAAUCUAACAAAAGCCUCGAUAUUGCUGCUUUACCUGAGAAUAUUUGGGAAUACUAAGUGGCUCAGGUGGGCGUGCCGCUUUGUACUGACAUGUGUGGUGAUGUACUGCAUCGCGUCAGUAACUGCCACGAUAUUUCAAUGUACUCCGGUUACCAAGGCGUUUGACAAAGGCCUCAAGGGUACCUGCAUCGACAAUGGACAUUUCUGGUAUGCGAACGCCGGCUUCUCUAUCGCAACCGACGUCAUCAUUCUCACUCUUCCGAUGCCCCUCGUAUACGCUUUGCAGAUUCCCAACGUCCAGAAGGCCGCGCUGAUCAUGGUAUUUGCUUUGGGUGUCUUCGUGGUUAUCACUUCUUGUCUAAGGGUCACGACCAUUGACCUCCAAGCGACGACGCCAGAUCCAACUUAUGAAAUUGCCUCGACCAUGUGGACCAUCAUCGAGAUGAAUGUGGCUAUCGUGUGCGCUUGUCUCCCGCAGAUCCGCCCACUGGUUGUUAAAUGGUUCCCCAAGUUGAUGCCGGCCUAUUACAACUCCCGCGAACAUUCUGACAAGCACACCCCUUGCAGUAGCAGCAGCUCAUCAAAGCCUUAUCUGUACCACAGCAAUAAAAGCUACACCAAGUCCGAGGAGAAUAAGUGGACGCGUAUGAACAGCGGCAAAACUGGCUUGGGUGGCACGAACCCGCCGAAUCUUCGCAACGGCAAUUCUAGCUCGGAGUACACAUUACAAGACGACAAGGGGCUACAUAUUCACAGAACGGUGCAGUACACCGUGGAGUACUCACCUGAUGCUAAGGCAAUACCACAUGGCGGUGUGAGCGUAUGA